UCUUGAAAUGAACCACCCAUCACUGCUGCUUUACUGGUUUUCAUUAACGCCCAAAAAGGCCAACACUGAGACAUACUGAGACUUUUUCAACACAACACUACAUGACAAGAAAACAACAAAAGCAGAGUUGCAUUAUGGGAGUCGUAGUCUACAACAUCUCAUCCACCUCUGCGAGAGUGAGCUGGCCCAGGUCCCCCAACUGCCUGGACACCUUCUACAGUGUGAUGUACGACCCCAACUGGAACAGCCUCCUGAUGGGCUACAAGCGAAAAAGCUUCAUGCACGAGGAACGCAUCCCUGUGAGUCAGACCACCACACAUCUCGCCAACCUGCACCCCCAGACCGCCUACUUCCUGUGUGUGACAUGUCAGGCAGCCAAUCCAGUCCGAGAACAGUGUCAGGUUUUCAACACUUUGGGAGAGAGCGGUGACCCCAGUGAUCGGACAGGAUGGGAGCUGGCGAUGGGCGUGUGGCUGACCUGCUGCAUCCUCCUCCUGAUCAUCGCUGGAGUACUCUUAUGGGGCUGCCUCCACACACUCUGUUCCUUAUCCAAUCAAACCACCACUGAUGGGAGAGUUGUGGACCAAAAUCACCAGGAUAACGCCGCAUCAGGACGCCUGUACACCCCCAGCAGCAGCGAGGACAGCACCAACAACAAUCAUGGAACGAUCAUCCAAACUCCUCUGAUACCUCCCCAAACCAAUAAUAGUAGUGUCCUCAUGCUAAACCAGGACCACGAGUUGAGGAGCCUUUCUAAGCUGUCUGGGAGUGAGCCAGCAUGAGCAGACUGGAUUGAGGUCAUUACGGCAUUGUUUUCUGCCCGGUCACAAUUGACAGCAUUUUUU